AAGAAGUAUGACCGACAGUGACCCCGACCGAGUGUUUUAACUGGAACAGUCGUUGCCAUCGUUCGGUUUUUGACUAUUGCCGUUUUUUAGAGGGGACACAUAAAAACGGCACUGUCUUUACACCGUCUCAUAGGCCUGUCCUAAAUGAUUUUUUAGGUCGUCGGCGUAGUCAGUUCGAGGCUAAUAAGAAUCGUGUGGGCUAUCGACAGUCAUUCGGGUUUCCUAAUUUCGGUCGCUUUGAGUAAAUAUGGAAAAUGACCAAGCUAAUGAUCCGAACGGAACAAGUUCUCAAUACCUGAAUGGCACAGUGAAUGGAUUCUAUCCAGCACAACAAAGUAACGGGGGAGGCAUAGCGCACAAUUCGUCUAAAGGCAGUGGGGGUGAGAACAGUCACAGCAGCGGUGGCCAUAGCGGCAUUGAAAAUAUCCACCAUCUUCACCACCCGGACGUACACAAUAAUGGAUCGCCAGCAAAACGAUGCAGGCGUCGAAGGAGAAUGGAUUCGGGCAAAAAGAACAGACCUCCCUUCCCCUGGUUCGGGAUGGACAUCGGCGGCACGCUGGUCAAGCUUGUCUACUUCGAGCCCAAGGACAUCACGGCCGAGGAGGAGCAGGAGGAGGUGGAGAGCCUGAAGAGCAUCCGCCGCUACCUGACCUCCAACGUGGCCUACGGCAACACGGGCGUCCGCGACGUCCACCUGGAGCUGUGCAACCUGACCAUCUGCGGCCGCACGGGCAACCUGCACUUCAUCCGCUUCCCCACGCACGACAUGCUGGGCUUCAUCCACAUGGGCCGCGACAAGAACUUCUCCAGCCUGCACACCACGCUCUGCGCCACCGGCGGCGGCGCCUACAAGUUCGAGGACGACUUCCGCAUGAUCGCUAACCUGGAGCUCCAGAAGCUGGACGAGCUGGACUGCCUGAUCAACGGCCUGCUCUACCUGGACUCGGUGGGCUUCAACGGACACCCCGAGUGCUACUUCUUCGAGAACCCGUCGGAACACGAGCACUGCGUCAAGCGGCCGUGCCGCCUGGAGAACCCGUUCCCCAUGCUGCUGGUCAACAUCGGCUCGGGGGUCAGCAUCCUGGCCGUCUACUCCAAGGACGACUACAAGCGGGUCACCGGGACCAGUCUGGGAGGGGGGACGUUUCUGGGUCUGUGCUGCCUGCUAACAGGCUGUGAGACGUUCGAGGAGGCUCUGGAAAUGGCCGCCAAGGGGGACAGCUCCAACGUGGACAAGCUGGUGAAGGACAUCUAUGGGGGAGACUACGAGCGCUUCGGUCUCCAAGGGACCGCUGUGGCCUCCAGCUUUGGCCACAUGAUGAGUAAAGAGAAACGCGAUAGCAUCAGCAAAGAGGACCUGGCCAGAGCCACCCUCGUCACCAUCACCAACAACAUUGGCUCGCUGGCGCGCAUGUGUGCCGUCAAUGAGAAUAUUGAAAGAGUUGUUUUUGUGGGCAACUUCUUGCGAAUCAAUACUGUGUCAACCAAGCUGCUAGCCUAUGCUAUGGAUUUCUGGUCAAAAGGACAGCUUAAAGCCCUCUUUUUGGAACAUGAGGGCUAUUUUGGGGCUGUCGGCGCUUUCCUUGAGUUACUAAGGAUGACCGAUGACCUCUAAAGCAUGAAGGAGAACCAAUGGGAACCAGGUUGUGAGGUCCCAAGCCCUAAUAUGACAAGCUGCUUAAAUGGUGUCAGGACAAGCCACUAUCGGGGAGAAGCCAUUUUUGAAAAUGAUGUAACUGUCUAACAUCAUUGCCUCUUUCCCUCCUCAAUGUUGGUCGGAUUUACUACUAAUUUGGUGUAAAUGUGGCUUAGAGGAGAAACAAAAUAUAUAUUUUUAUUUAUUUUUUAUUUUUUUUUGCUGCUGAGAAGCACGCCUUCCUGGUACUGCCUGUAGAGAAAUAACAAUCCAUGUGUUUCUUACCAGUGUCCUCGAAAGCCAGAACCUACUGAUUCACUUGUGUUUGUUUUGUGUUUGUUUCGUUUAUUUGUUUGUUGUUUUGUUUGUUUGUUUGUUUUUGUUUGUGCUAAUCCUCCGACCACUUUGUAGGAAAUGGACCUAAAAGUUUAAUGUACAGCAGUACCUGUUCUCAUUCCGCGUCAUUGCGGUCCAACGUGCCGCUUAUAUGCAGUCUUCUGUCAGAAUCAGUUGAUCGUAAACGCUAGAGCUAACUACAGUGCUACCAAACAUCUCAUACUAGUCUUUCAUGCAGGAGACUCUUUUGCUUGUAAAUACUUUUGUGUUCUUUAUUUUUUAAAGAUAUUUUGCCUCCCUGCUUUACCCAGAAUGCUGUCUCCAUGCACGUCGUCCAAUGAUUGACGUGGACCAAGCAGUGACUGUCGAUAAGGCACCAAGUUCAUGUCCUGAGAUUUGACCUUAGUGCAAAUCUCGCAAAAUCAGCUCUCGCGUAUACAGUGACUCAGUAUCCAUUAACUCACAUGGCGAUUAUACAGUGUAUGACUUACAGGCGAUGAGCAAAAGAGCCGGUCAAAGCCAGACUUAACACGAGACUUCAACCGUACUCAACUGUACUUUUUCCACGUACAGUUUCACGAACGCCGUUACGGUUCCUGUCCAUGCUGGACUGAGUCUGUUUUAAACUCUACUGUAAGCUGAAGGCAGUUCAACGAGGGUUAGGGAUAGCGUUCAGGUUUAGUGUUGAACUCUCGCCAAAGAUUCAGAAACUAACGCCUGUAGUGAGAAGUGAGAAGUGAGAUGCUGCUUGUUGCAUGGCCUGUAAAAGAGCUAAUCUGCAUUUUUGUUUUCUUUUGAACUGACCUUUUAAACUCUUCUUCAUAAGGCCUUUCCCCUCCUUUUCCUCAACCGCCUUGUCCCAUGAAGCCAAAUGUAUUCUGUACAGGGUGAGAUGCAUUGCAGUGGGGACACAAAAGUAUUUUCAAUGUUGACUUGGAAGAGAGAGAUGCCUUUGCAAGUCUCAAGCAAAAGCAGUGCACAAAUGCUUUAUCAUGUAAACUGGCAGUGAGUUCAAAAUGUUAUAUAAACUACUAUAAUUAACCAAUGUUAAAUCAACUGGAAAAUCUCAGAGAACAAACGAAAAGCCACCGAAGUAGUGCAUAAAAAGUGUGCUUUGUAAAUCUGGAUUCGCAGAAACAAAUCCUAAUUUCAGUGAUUUCAUAAUCUGCCUAAAUGCUUAGUCAAGAAACCAAAAUUGCAUUAUUAUUCUCCCUACCUCAGUAUGACCAGAAGGGUAACCCUUCAUGCUGUGACUGGGGUGAUUCCAAAUUUUCUUGUUCCAUGCCAGUCUACAAGCCUAGUUUGGGUUUGUCAAACUGGCAUUACAACUAAAAUCUGGUUAAUGUACAUGAUAUACACAAACAUGUAGAGUAUAUAUUACAGGACCUUUAACAAAGGACAGGUUCACGUGAAUGUCCCGGUAGCAAUUCCAAGUCACAGAAUUUAAAUGUUCACUUUCUGGUCUAAAUCAGAGAGGACUUCGAGCAUAUUGUAAAUAGCUUCACCUACGCAAUUGAAAACAAACAUUAAACCAUCAAAUAUGAAGCGCCACUUCUAAAUGGCCAAUAUCCAUCAUCCUAGUCAUAAAUCAUUCCAACAGGAUUGUUGUAAGCAAUAUAUAAAAACAAUCACUUUGUUGGCGUAUUCCUCCUACAUGAAAAAGUAAUAUAUGAAGAAGAUAUAUAACUGAAGAAACUUAAGCUGUCACCCAAGUGUUUUACACUCCUUACAGGAUGUCUUAGUGACUUUGUGUAUCAUUUCCUUCGACACUCUUUGGUGUCAUAAAAAACAACCAUGCCAGUCAAAACUCUAAAUCUACUGGAGUGAGACUAGCCAAACACUAUGAAUCUGUCACUAAAAGUAUUUUUGUCUAACUUGUAAAUAGAACCAGGUCCCUCUUUCCGUCGCUAUCUCUCGCUACCUCUCUAUCAAACUCUCUUGUCUCUCCAGACCAUUACUCUUUCUUCUCUUUCUCUUACUAUCUAUCUUCUCUUCCUUUACUGUCUAUGUCUGUUAGUCUCUCCAUUUCUGUCUCUCUAUGGCCAGUCCCCUUUAUUGCCUUACGCAGCUGUAUAUAAUGUUGAUGUUGGUUUAAUUGUGUAACACGACACAAUAGCAACAGUCUUUUUUUUUUUUUAAGCGUUAGUUUCAUAAUUGUUGUGAUGCUACUGCUUAUGUUUCUGACUUAUCCAUGAUUUUCUAAUCAUAAAAUAACUGGCACGUUUGUACAAUCUUUCUUUGCAAAUGCAGAUGAAAUAAUGAUUAAUAUAGUAGCUAUGCUGCUAAUUAUUUAGUUAUUGAUCAUUUUGAAAGAUUGACUGAAAAAUGUCAUAUUAUGGUCGUUUUUAAUGUUGCAGGUGUAUUUAUCAAAUAUGUAUAAUCUGUGUUUUGUUUUGAUUUAUUAUUAAGGAAAAUGGCUUUUGAACAUCUUGUUGGCUGUUGCUAUUAUUGAGUGGUACAAAUUCUUGCAUAUAUGCAACUGCAUCGAGUCAAACAUUAACUCUUUGAGACACUCUUCCAGCUUUUAAACGGGGUGCCUUUGUUCAUUCAGUGUAGCUACUGUACGCUUGAACUGUAUUUUUCUUCACGUUGUCUCUUUCUUACGUGAAGACGUCAAAAUAUCCCCCUCUUCUUCUGUCUUUAGUCAUUCAUUGUCCCGGUGUCACUUACUCAUGUUCAUUUGCCUUGUUGCAUGUGCUCCUUGUUUGUGUUUCUGCGUGUGACAUGGCAGACAGUGAUGGGCAGAGUUAAAAGCAGUGUUUCGCACGUCGCAGUGAAACCAUAUCGGUGGGAACAGUAUAAACCCUUCAGCAUCAAACCAGAGGCUUAACUUAAUUACGUCUGUAAUUUAACCCCAAGCUAGGCUGGGGUGGGGUGGGGUGGGGUUAAGUGAAGUUUGAAAUGGUGAGGAAUGUGGUUUUGCACACUCUCACUCUGUGGUGGCCGAGUUUGUGUUGUCAUUCAUUACUUUCCAUUUCAUUACUUUGUUAGUGAGGUUUUCGGUGUUUUACCCACAAGGGAGAUCUGCGAUAUGACUGAAAACCAGACCAUAAGGCGCUGGACAGUGGCUCUCGGGGUCUGUCCGGCCUCUCCCAGGGGCAAAUGGUUCUUUGUUUACUUUAGUUCGGCAUGAAUGAAUAUGGCCGCUCAUCCUGGCGGCAAACAUUAGCCUCAGAAGUGCAGCGGCUUUGCAGUUUUCUUGCUGAUGGGGUUCAUUUCAGUUACUCUCCUUUUUUCCCCAUGUGAUCAGAGGUACUCUAACCCGGCUUCAGAAAGUAGAAGUGCUGCCUGGUGUUCCCUCUGGCUAGGCACUACAAUGCAAAUUGGAAUCAGCUACUGAUGUGACCGGUUGGGACAAACAUGUGGUGGUGGGACUUUUAUUUCCUGAAGCCGGGACGUCUCCAACUCUGCUCACGACUAGUUGAUGCACAGAAAUCACGGCAGGUUUUCCUGUUGUCUGGAAAAGCUGUCGUGAAGCAGCAGUCUCACACUGUAACCUCAGUCAGAGCCAGACGUGCAGUACUGUGUGAAGCUUGGUGUGUUUCCUUUCCGUAGCCUGAAGGCCAGUCACCUUUUCCGAAAAGCAAAACAACCAACAACAACAACAACAACAAUAACAACAAAAACGGUGCCUGAAUAUAACAGUUGAAAUACAGGUGUUGGUCAUAGAGCCCUUUAGUGAUGGGACACACUGGCCUGCUUCAGUAUCCUGAUGUUUGAUGGGUGUUUACAUAUUAAAACAGAUUUUGUGGUGCAAUACCACGAAGAAUGAAGUGUUUAUUAAUGUAUUUUUUAAUCCUCAAUGUCAUGAUUUUCUUUCAUCCUUUUUGAAGUCUAUUGCUCUGCUCUCCCUGUCUGUCUGAACAUGUUGUAUAUUUUCAUUAAAUGCAUCAUGACUUA